GCGGGGCUUGGGGCUGGUUGAAGCUCUGGUGGGUAGGUGGGUUCAGACCGAGGGGACUACGGGUCGGCGUUGGGCUCAGUGGGCUCGAACAAAGGACUCUCGGCCAGGGACUCGGCGCAGUGCCUUCUGACGGUAGCUGAGCGGCAGAUCGCGGCUUCUCCGCCAACCAGUGCCCUCGCCGCGCGGUCCCAGUCGGCUUUACCUCGGUGCCCCACGGCCAGUCCCGCGGUGGGGGGCCCGGCGCAGCGGCACCUGCUGCUGAGGGACCCCGCGGCCCGCCCAGGUGCUCAUGAUGGGGCUGAUCUUCGCGAAACUAUGGAGCCUCUUCUGUAACCAAGAACACAAAGUAAUUAUAGUGGGACUGGAUAACGCAGGGAAAACCACCAUUCUUUAUCAAUUCUUAAUGAAUGAAGUGGUUCAUACAUCUCCAACCAUAGGAAGCAAUGUUGAAGAAAUAGUUGUGAAGAACACUCAUUUUCUUAUGUGGGAUAUUGGUGGUCAAGAGUCACUUCGAUCAUCCUGGAAUACGUAUUACUCAAAUACAGAGUUCAUCAUUCUUGUGGUUGAUAGCAUUGACCGGGAACGACUAGCUAUUACGAAAGAAGAAUUAUACAGAAUGUUGGCUCACGAGGAUUUACGGAAGGCCGCAGUCCUUAUCUUUGCCAACAAACAGGAUAUGAAAGGGUGUAUGACUGCAGCUGAAAUCUCUAAAUACCUCACCCUCAGCUCAAUUAAGGACCAUCCGUGGCACAUCCAGUCCUGCUGCGCUUUAACAGGGGAAGGGUUAUGCCAAGGUCUAGAGUGGAUGACCUCCCGGAUUGGUGUGAGAUAACUUUUUUGCUCGAAAGAGACUCUAUUUAUUCUGUGACAUGAACCUAGUACAUUUGGCUGCUAAAGCAGCAGCAUGUUUAAUUAAUUUAUAACAACACAAACCUCUGUGAGCAACACUUGAAUCAAGUGCAGCUGAACUGGAACAUAAAAGAUUUUUUAACUUUUUUUUAAUGCACUAAUCUUCAGUUGGAUAAACAUAAUGUAUAACUGUUUUCAGCAACAGAAUUCUUCAGACUUCUUAUUCUAAUUAUUCAACGACUGCCUUUUAAGAAAUAUUUGUCAUAUGUUUAAUGUUUUCUGAAGUAUUGUAAUAACUUUAAUGACCAGUUUUCUUUUCAUUUCUUGACUGCUCCCUCCCCCAUCAGAUAAUUACCAGUUGUGGAAAUUGUCAGGUACUGUUUGCAAACUUACCCAGCACUAAAUAUUUGCUCCCUCUGUAAACCACUUACUUUUGGACAGAACUUUAUUAUAGAGAAAGAAGUAUGCCUAAAAGAAAUAUAUUUAAGGAGUGGAUGAAACAUCAUGAGACCUGCCUUUUAAAUGAGUUGCUUUAGCCCACAUUAUUGCAAGUCAUGGAAUAAUUUUAAGUUUCUAUUAGCAUCUCAAUUAAGAAGGCUGUUUAUCUUAGAAGAAUUAACUUCAGUUUUCAGCCUACAACACAGGAUUGGUUUUGGUUAAAAAUUAAUAAUAGUAAAAUAUUUAUUUCAAAGCCCAACUUCAAUAGUAAAUACUUUGAUUAAAUAUGAUAUUUUUAAGAAUGUCACAUUAUUCAAUGCAUGUAUAACUAUCAGAAAUUACUAAAGUAUACCAGCACUGAAAAUAUAACAAGGCACUUGAAAUAUAUUUUUACUAUCAAUUACAAACAACUUUAUUAUCAGCAGAAAGUUCAACUGUUUCAUUUGCAAGGGUACCACAUCUGCUUUGGGCAAUAGUUAAAAAGCAGAAGAAUAAACAGUUCAUUUUAUUUCUUAGAAUUUGAAAUUGUAUGAUAGUGUCUCUACCACCAGCAGUAUAUUACUUAAAAAAUCCGUAUGACUUUCCUUAAAUCUGUUGUAGUGUAAUAGGCUUGAAACAAUUGCCGUUUGUGUAAUUAUGCCUUGUGUUCUAAAAUCUUUUACUGGAUUAUAGGAAACCGCUGAACUUAAUCGUGGCUGUUAGAAUAUUACUAUGAAACUCAAGUUUAAUACACUAACAACUUAAAAGAUUUUUUUGCUAGUUAAAAACUCAUAAUCUAGCAAAACUUUAUUUUAUUGGAUAGCAUUAAAACAUUUUUAAGGCAGUGGUCUAAUAUGAACAGUAAUCUACAUAGUGCAUACCUUAAGAGAAUGGGGAAAAGUAUUGUAGUUUUGAUCCUCUUUAUUUCAAAUGUGUGCUUUUGCUAUGAUGAAAGGGAUAAAACACACACAUAGAGAAUAAUACUUUAUUUUUGCAGUAUUCUUUCAUUUGGGUCAAAAAUAGGAUUCAGUGUUCAUAAAAAUAUCAAUACCUAUUCAGAAGCGAUAUUUUAAUAUUUUUACUGUAGGUUGUUUAAAUUUUGCUGUUUUCAGGUUUACUGGAUUUGUUAUAGUCUAAUUAAUUUAGUUGAAUGUGGUGACAUUUUUCUGACUCCUGUUUAGUAGUAGUACUCCCUGGAACUGGAAAUCACCAGAGGAAAACUCUCUGGGCUUUGGGACCUAGUUGGGACUUGUUUUCAAGCUUUUUCUUAAGUGAUAUUGUACCAGGUAGAGGGUAAAUUUUGGUUUUAAUAUAAUGUGUAAUCAGGAACAGGAGAGAAAAAUAGACAAGAAUCAGCAUGGUGUGUAUGUGGGGUAGAGUAGGGGCAGGAGAAAUUAUGAAAAUCCCAUUUACCUAAAGCACACUUUGCCAGAAUUUCUAUCUUGGGUUGUAUAGUUUAGCCAUGAAUACUGGGGAUAAUUCUCUGAAUUCUUUCCUGAGAAAAAUCAUAUUUAAUACUCCUGUAUUUGUUCUUAUUGUGAUAUCUUUCUUCUUGUAUCUAAUAAGAUUGGCUGGCUCCAUUUUCUUCUAUCAAAUUAUAUGGUUAUUUUUUUAUAUUACCACAUCAGCAUUAUACUGAAAGUGUUAAUAGUCGAUUGUAUUUUGUCAGACUACUAGUGUAGACUCAAGUUUUCUAUUUGAUCUUUAAAAUACAAUUUGUUUUAUUUUCUAAAUGCUUUUUAAAAAAUAUUUGUUGGUUCUGGAUUAUAAAUGAUUUAUGUCAGCUGUGUGUUGAAGAUGAAAUAGAUGUCCAGCUAAGUUUUGUGCCAACGAUUGGGAAAAGUUCAAUUAGAAAAUUCAUGUAAGACUUUUUAAGUUUUUUUAUGGGUUCACAUUAGAUAGUUCCUCUUGUAGUAAUAUGAAAACUGAUUAUCCUUUACUCCAAGAGAAUGUUUUGACCCAAGCACGUAUUUAACAUUGAAGCAUUGAUUCUGACAUUUAUUGAAAAUCAGUCAACUAUAAGAUACUGUCUGAUGAAAAAAUGUAAAUUGUGAUUAGUGCCUUUAUCUGUAUUUUGAGAUAAGUUCUCAAUUUUGUAUUAUACCUGUUCUUUAGAAGUCAUACUUGCAGCUCAUUAAUUUAACAAUAGUUCAGGUUUCACCCUCCCUGUCAAUCCCUUAGUUGCUUAGAAAAAUUUCUAAUAAGUGGUAGAAGGCAGGGGGUAGAAGUAACCCAUGUUACUUCUGGGAGAUUGUUCUACCUAUUGUUUUUAAUUUGAGAUAAAGAAACUAAAUUUAAACAAAUCUUUGGUUAUAGCUAAAAUGUAACUGUUACCCUUGUAAGUUCAAGGCAUUAUUCUUAAUACUGAACAUGUUGCAUUCUUCCUGUUUAAACCGAUCUUUCUUAUCAAAUCCCAUUUGAGAACUUUUAGAAUUAAUAAGCCUUUUUAUAUGGGAACAUAGCUGCGUAUUUUGUUAAUGUAAUUUAAUUCCUUAAAAUUUGAAAUAAUAUAUCUAUAAUCUAUUGAAUAACGUGAUUAAGUACACAUUUUUGCUUUUAGGUUCUUUGUUAGUAUGCUUAAAGGUAUAAUUUUAUUCUAGCUUCACUAGAGGAAUGAUGAUAAAUUGAAAUUUCAUUGUUAAAAAUUAUUUUUUAAACGGAUGCUACUCUUGUAACCAUAGUCAUUUUGAUUAAGCAUAAAUUAACUUUCAUUAUCUUUAACCUAAGGAGAAAACAAUUAUUUUCCUAUGGAAACCAUGAGUGAUAUGGGCAGUGCUGUAAGCAUUAUUCUCUGAAGAGUUAUGGGGAGCCACAAAGCAAAGAAAAUUUUAAAACAAUGAAAGCUUUAUUUUUAAAAAAGUAUUUUUGAUGUAGUAUCUUAGGAUGAAUUAUAAAUGGAUUUGUCUCUGCCUAGAGCUCAUUGAAUUCUUAACUAUGUAAAAGAAUACCAGUUGAAAAAAUGUACUGGUAUUAUUCCUAGAAUAGAUUAAUUCCCUUGAUAUUUAUCUUUGAAGACCAACUUUCUGAGCCUAACUGGCUUUGGAUCGAAAACAUAUUUCAUACUUAGUUCAGUUCUAAAGGAUCUUUUUUAUCUUGUCAGGGUAUAGUCACUUCAUGAUGCAGCGUGAUGGCUUGUAGCCAGUAGAAUGUAGGGCUAGCUAUCUAAAGCAGUAGAUUUGAAUCUCAAUUUGGCCGUGACCUGUUUGACCUUGGACAAUUACUAUUGUUUGUGGCCUUCUUACUAUUUUUCCCAUACUGAAGAAAACUAGAGCAGCAGUGCAACUUUUGGUUUUAAAAUUCUGAAAGUUUAUAUACUACUAUUAAAAACUGAAGGAGGAAAAAAACACCCAAAACACAAGAACAAAAAAGAAACAAACCAGACAGAGGAAGGACAUGUAAUAUGAAAUUGCAUUUAUUUUAAUCUAUUAUUUGAUUCCCACCUCAUUAUUAUUUCAUUUAGUAUAUCGAUACAAUCAAAUAAGAAAGCAAAGAAUUAACUAGUAACUGCUACUCCGCUUAAACUGAGCUAAUAGUUAAUGAAAAUGCAAAACAGAAAAUGAGCCACAUAUUGCUAAGAUAUUUAAGCUAUUUACAAAACACCAGUGUAUACUGGGAAGUGCUCUCUUCUGGAAAAUAUCUUGCUUAUUUUCCUGGCUUUUACUAAUUGGAUGGAAGUGGUUAGUUUGUUCAGAGCUUAUUGGCUUUAGAGGAUUACCCCAAACUCCAGUUCUGUGUUGAUUUUCCAGUAUUGAAAGGAUAGUGCAGCCAGGAUGUCAAUAUUUUACAAAUGUCUUUAUAAAUCUGUAAGUAGUUUAUAUUCAAAGUCAGUUUUUUCAGUAAUGUCUCAUCCUUAUUCAUUUAGCAUUACUGUGAAGACUGGCAUCUAAAAGCCAGGUCCCCAAAAAGUAUAUUUUAAGAGUUUCAGGUAACCAGAGUUAUACAGAAGAAGGCCAAUUUAAAAAAAAAAAUUUUUUUAGCUGCUUUGUUUUAAAUUCAAGCUAGAAAAAAUAAUGUGUUUCACAGACCUAAAAUCAGCUUUAAAUAUAUAAAGUCUUGUGAGAUAUUUGAGAAAUGUUAAUUUAGAGGUUUAGAAGCAUGUGUAGAAACAAAAGUCAGAAAACUUGAUAUAAUGUGAGGUUAAAAUCUUCAGUAGAAAAUUUGAAUGGAAACAGUGAACUGCCCCCAUUCAAGGCACUUAAAACUACUAGAAAAUUCAGUCUUACUGUAGAACCAGAUGGCCUAUAUUCCUGUUAAUGUGACCAAAGGAUUGGAGACUGAUCGGGUUUCUAGAAUUUGAGAGUAUAGUCACAAAAAGCCCCUUUUGCAUUUUUAUAAACCAGUAAUCUGCCUUUUUUCCCCCUAGAAAUGGAGAAAUAAUGUGCUGUACAUGUCUUCUGGAAUAGAAAACAAAAUUCUAGAAGAAUAAAAAUGUUCUCUUGCACAAACUUGUAAAAUUUUAAUUUAAAAAUUAUCUCAUUUUUCAGUCCAUAUGGUGUCGUCCUCCAGUUUAUGUGGUGUGGCACCAUCCCAUUAAAUCCCCCUCCCCCAGACUGGAUUGAAAUAGACAGAUUUCACAGCUAAGGGAUAACAUUCCUCAAAGACUGUUUUCUUUUAGUCUAGUUUACCACCAGCAGACUAACGUGGAGCAGAUCCACAUACUGUUCAUUAAAGCACAUGGCCAAGUGCUUAGUCAAUAUUUAAUCAGUUUAAUUAAAACCAAGUAAGGGAAAGGAAAAACUUUAAAAUUUAAUUGAUUUUUAUUAUACUGUGAAUAUAUUUGCAUCAGUGUUGGUAAGAUAUCAAGUGACUAUCAGUUGAUGUUGGUUAUAUAUCAUUUAUUGGUUCAUCUUUUGGCCAUAUUCAUAAAAGACUAUAAUCAUUUUAAUCUUCUUACAUUUUCCUUCAGGAAAUUCAGGGACUCUGCAGCCCCUAUUUUGUUCUCUUGGAGUAAACUAUUCAGUGUAGUUAGGAAAACUUUUCAUUUUGAUUUUUCUUAAAAGUUGAGCUGCUAUUUCAUUAAAAGUGUGAAAUAAAAUGAUGGUUAUGAUUUUUUUCCAUUAUGUAAUUAUUAUAAAUUUUACCUUAUUGAUCACUGUACAGAGGAUGGUUAAAAAAAAAUAAAGCUAAUAAUCAUUCA